GCUUACUCCAGUCCGUAGCAGCCAUGGAGACGGCGACCUUGCUCCCCGUGGCGCUGGCGCUGCUGGCCAUCCCCAUCACGGCGCUCCUCCUCAACCGGCUCCGCUUCGGCAAGCUCCCGCCCGGUCCGCGGCCAUGGCCGGUGCUGGGCAACCUGUUCCAAAUCCAGCCCGUGCGGUGCCGCUGCUUCGCGGAGUGGGCGGGCCGGUACGGGCCCAUCAUGACGGUGUGGUUCGGGUCGUCGCCGAUGGUGGUGGUGUCCACCUCGGAGCUGGCGCAGGAGGUGCUCAAGACCCACGACCAGCAGCUCGCCGACCGGCCCCGGAACCGCUCCACGGAGCGCUUCAGCCGCGGCGGCAUGGACCUCAUCUGGGCCGACUACGGCGCGCACUACAUCAAGGUGCGCAAGUUCUGCAACCUCGAGCUCUUCACCCCGCGCCGCCUCGAGGCGCUCCGCCCCAUCCGCGAGGACGAGGUCACGGACAUGGUCGAGUCCCUGCACAAGGCCGGUAAGGGCGGGAAGCCCGUGGCGGUGCGGGAGUUCCUCGGCAUGGUGGGGUUCAACAACAUCACGCGCCUCGCCUUCGGGAAGCGCUUCGUGGGCGCCGACGGCGAGCUGGACGAGCAGGGCCGGGAGUUCAAGGGGAUCGUCACCAACGGGAUCAAGAUCGGCGCGUCCCUCUCCAUCGCCGAGUACAUCCGCUGGCUCCGAUGGCUGGCCCCUGUCGACGAGGACAUCUACAAGGCGCACAACGACCGCCGGGACCGCCUCACCGUCAAGAUCAUGGAGGAGCACGCCAAGGCGCUCAAGAUCAGCGGCACCUCCAAGCAGCAUUUCGUCGACGCGCUCCUUACCCUCCGGGAGAAGUACGACCUCAGCGACGACACCGUUAUCGGCCUCCUCUGGGACAUGAUCACCGCCGGCACCGACACGACGGUGAUAACCGUGGAGUGGGCGAUAGGGGAGCUGGUGAAGAACCCCAAGGUGCAGGAGAAGCUGCAGGAGGAGCUGGACCGGGUGGUCGGCCGCGACCGGGUCAUGUCGGAGACGGACUUCCCCAACCUGCCCUACCUCAACGCCGUCGUCAAGGAGUCGCUCCGCCUGCACCCGCCCACGCCGCUCAUGCUCCCGCACAAGGCCAGCGCCGCCGUCAAGAUCGCCGGCUACGACAUCCCCAAGGGGGCCAGCGUCACGGUCAACGCCUGGGCGCUGGCGCGCGACCCCAAGGUCUGGGACAGCCCGCUCGAGUUCCGGCCAGAGCGCUUCGUGGAGGAGAACAUCGACAUCAAGGGCUGCGACUACCGCGUGCUGCCGUUCGGCGCCGGCAGGCGGGUGUGCCCCGGCGCGCAGCUCGGGAUCAACCUCGUCGCGUCCAUGAUCGGCCACCUCCUGCACCACUUCACCUGGUCGCCGCCGGAGGGGACACGGCCGGAGGACAUCAGCAUGAUGGAGUCCCCCGGGCUCAUCACCUUCAUGGGCACGCCGCUGCAGGUCGUCGCCAAGCCGCGCCUCGACAAGGAGGAGCUCUACAAGCGGGUGCCGGUCGACAUGUGAGCCACCGUGGCUCCACGUUCAAGACUUUACUGCAUUGUCUGUCGGAAAAAGGGUUGCGUCUCCAUUCCCCUGUUUUGUAGGUCGUAAAAUUACAUUACAUUUGCUUUCUUUUGUAUUUUUCCGUGGAAGUUUCAAGUUGAUAGAUUAUUCAAGAAAAUUGGGCUGCGUGUAUCUCGCGAUGUAUUAUUCAGAGGAGAUAUCUCUUCCACUUAUCUGCAAUGCAUGAUUAGAGCAUA